GAGACAAUUAAUAUAGAAAUAGAAUCUGAAAUGAAAAAUCUUGUAGUACCUUAUCAUUUAUACUCACGUAUUUCAUAUGAACUUAAUAAUAAAGACUUCAUUGUUAUGGUUUUACCUAAUGAUAAGAAUUUAUUAAAGCUGGGUUUUCAAUAUACUUGUAAAACAACUACAACAGAAAUUAAAUCAUAUCUAUUAGCAGCAAUUAUUGUAUAUUAUUAA